CUUUCUUCACGGUUCGGUUCUACGUUUCGUCAUUCCUUUGGGAAAAUCACAUGAACGACUAGCUUGAAUUUCUUCCCGGCAAAUGCUUCGCCAUGAACCCUCCUCCGCCGCCGCUGCCCGUCUUGCUAAAGUCCGGCGAUCAGUCAGGCGCUCUCGACGGAGAUUUCCGGAACCUUGGAGAUCUCUUCCUCGGCGCUUCAAAUCUCUUAUCGCGUCUGGAACAUGAUUGCUCCGCCCUAGACGACCGGCUUCUCCAUCUUCGGCAUGAUCUGAUGAAACAUGUCGUCUCGUGGAUCUCCCGCUCGUUUUCCACGAGAUCUUCGUUGCAGAAUCUUAGGACGAAUCUAGAGAAUCUCAGUCUAGGUGGGUCUCGUCCGUUGAUGAACUGGGAAUUGCAGAAACUCGUGGAGGAAUUGUGUCGAAUUCAGAGCAUGCGUAAAUAUUUCGUGACUGCUCUAAAAUUGGAAACUCUGGUUGGGGAUCUUGAAGAUUCAGUCGUUCACCCUAUAAACAAUCACAAAGGAAGUAUGCUCCAAGUGAAGCUUCGUAAUCCACGGGUUUCAGCAGAUUUUGCACUAAAGCAAGAGAGGUUCAAUAAUGUCAUUAGAGCCAUGAACGACAUUGAAGAAAUACUCGUAGAGGUUACACGAUGUCAUUCACAAUGGCGUUCUCUUAUGGAAUCUGUUGAUAAUAGAGUGGAAAAGAGUUUGUCUAUUCUCCGGCCACAAAUUAUUGCAGAGCACCGAGCACUUCUCUCUUCUCUGGGCUGGCCCCCAAAACUCUCAACGUCCAAAGUAGGAAAUGUAGAGGUCUCUAAUAUUCCAAAUCCUCUACUUCUGAUGGAAGGAGAUAAAAGGGAGUCUUAUUCCCAAAGCUUUAUAGUCCUAUGUGCUUUACAGCAUAUUCAGACCAGACAGGAUAAGAGGAAGAAGCUUCUUGAUAUGUCCAAACAAAAGGCUGUGAGAUUGUGGGCAAUCGACGAACUGGUCGUACCUAUUGCAUCUCGAAUGGAGUAUCAUUUCUUGAAAUGGGUUGAACAUCCCGAGUUUAGUUUCGCCCUUGUCUAUAAAGUUACAAGAGACUUUGUUGACGGUGUGGAUGAUGUUUUACAGCCUUUAAUUGACAAAGCUCGGUUAGCGAGCUGCAGUGCUAAAGAAGCUUGGGUUUCAGCUAUGAUCCAGAUGCUAUCCAGUUUCUUAGAGAAGAGGGUUUUUCCGGGGCUUGUAGAACGAUAUAAGGAGAAGCAUAUGAAAUCCGAAGUCAUCUCAUCAUGGCUCUAUCUCGUAGAUCUUAUGGUUGCAUUUGAUAAACGGAUGAGAUUACUUGUAGGUGCAGACACUGCAAUCUUCCAGGAAGCCUCAAUGGAAGUGUUUUAUCAAGACAUAUUAGUCAUGGAACUGUUUUGCAAGAAACCCGAGUGGCUCAAGACCUGGGGGAAGAUCGAGCUGAAGGAUGCUUAUAGGAAACUGAAAGAGGAGAUCAAAGACGAGAAAGCCUGGUCGGUUUCCGAGAAUGAAAGAACUAAGGCAGGUCUUGAAUCCAACAGACAAUCAGCAAAGUAUGCUCUAUCUACAAGGGAAGAUUACAAAGCACCGAUUCUAGCAGAGACUGCUCUCAGUAUGACCCAGAAAUUAAUAGACCGGGGCCUAUCUUUACCGUCUAUUCCACCACGAGUCCAGUUUGUGAGGGCUACAGCCGCAAAGUUCCUCUGGUAUUUCAUUAAAGUGCUGUUCUUACAGUUGAAGAAGACAGAACUCUCUUAUGACAGCCCGGACGAAGACAGGCUGAUCAAAGUGUGUGGACCAAUCAAUGCUGCUCAAUAUAUCGAAUCAAAACUACGAGAAUGGAGCGAUGACUUGAACAUUGUAGAGAUGAGCGUGACGGAAAACAACCAUAGCUGCUUCUUCGAGGAUGAAGUUAAAGCUCUUGUCGAUAUAGAAACCGAUUGGCUUAUGGAGAUUAUCACAGUUCUUCUCCACCAAUUCGAGACUCAUUCAAGUGACUACUUUCACAAUGAGGAAGAGGAGAAUCUUACUGUAGGUUCUGAUAAUGUAUCUGUGUCCUCAGGUUUUGCAGAAGCGUUGGACAGUCUAAGAACUCGGCUCUGUGCCCUCGAGCUGAAUCUUAACCCGAAGGACUUCUUGGGCAUGUGGAGAAGUCUUGCAGAAGGGCUAGACCAUUACAUAUCCCGGAAAAUCUUCUCGGGGGAAAGUUUUUUCCCGAGAAAAUGGAUCGAUGGGCUCGGGGGCAAUGCACGGGCGCUACUCAUGGUGUUUAAACCUUACUGUGUUCGUCCCGAAGCAUUUUUCCCUUGCGUUAGAGAGAUUCUGAGGCUGGUGGGAAUGAGCGAGGAAGAGAGAAAACUUAUGAGAGGAGAGUUGCGGAAAGAGAGUGGCAGAAAUGGUAAGAACUGUUUGAGUUUGUUUGGUCUCACCCACUUGUCUGCCCAACAAGUUGAGCAAAUUUUGAUGUGUUGAAACUUUUCUUUUGCAUU